AUGGCUUCUCGAAUGGAGUCAACAGGCGAGCCGGAAAAAAUUCAGUGUUCAGAAAACGCAUAUGAGAUGUUGGCUAAAUACUAUCCCGAGUAUAAAGCAGAGCUCAGAGGAACAGUCGAAGUGAAGGGCAAAGGAACAUGCAGCACAUAUUGGUUGCUUGGCAGAGAGCGAAUGAAUACAGGACAAGAAAUUGGAGGCCAGCCUGCGGUAAACGGUACAAUGUGA